CUGAAAUAGCAACCAAACAUAUCUAACAUUACGCUACGUUGUUUGUGGCUGUUGCAUUUGUGUGUGUUUUUACCACUCGUCGAACUAAAAAUUGACAUUACCCACUGUUAAAAAGACCUCUGCAAUUUGCCAUUCGGGGUAACAUUUAAAAUAUUCAUAUCCCCCGUCGGUGAUUUUAAUGUAGUUUGACUGUACUGUACUUUCUUUAAUCGAAUAUAAUUACAAUUUAUGCAUCUCCAAUAAUGUUAGUUUGUAAUCCCUACAGUGGUCUUUGCUUCAUGUGGAGGUGGGGUGUCCUGCUCUUGUAAGAACAUAUGUGCCUGGAAGUGUGACACACCUCUGAUCCAUGGCUACCUCAGGCUCCACCGCUCCUCUGUCUCCCUCAAUUGCUACCAACGUGCCUAAGGAUUUCCAUUACGAAACCAAGUAUAUUGUGCUCACCUACCUGGGCCGGUUGCCAGCCGGUAGACGUCACGCUGAGCUCACUACAGCUGAAGGAAAGUCAGAGAGCGAUCGUGCCAGCAUUGUUAAAAAUCAGGUAGAAGAAGAGCUAAAACGACUUGAAGAUGAAAUUGAUGCUUCCUUUUCCAGCACAGGUUUCGACAGUCGCAUGUCCUUGGUGUUUAGUCCAGCCAACCCUGAGACAUCAAUUGAAGACUGUCUCGCUGACCUGGGAGAGCGUGUGGCCCGGGAGCUGGAAGCCCACCUGAGAGGAGCUGUAGACACACUACUCGUAGGGCCGCUAGAGUUUGAGAGAUUCCGAGAUACAGCGCUGGACCUGUUGGCAUACACACGGGGAGGGUCGAGCAACGUGCUCGUGCCUUUGGUGCUGCUUCAGGCUUUACAAAGUGAAGAUCACUCUGUGUCAACCCUGCUUCAUUUUGGUGUGCGUUUCCUGGAGGAAGCUCAGGGUGAAUACAUCAACCAGCAAGGGGGAUACGGUGAAAUAUUUGGCCUUGGUUCAGAAGGUGAGCGGGGCGCAGCCGUCGCCGAAGACAGCAACGACAUCUACAUCCUGUCGGGGGAACAGGCGCUCGAGCAGCUGAGCCCACCGUUGUCUCUGCUGUGCACGGCUGACAAUAGCAGCGGGCACAGCUCCUGGCAAACUGAGAGCUUACCCGUGUCGUUGGCCGGCCACGAGUCGUGGGCACAGGUGUGCGCGAUGGACCCCGAAGAUAUCAAGAGCCUGGACAGCAACGAGGGUAUAGCUCUGGCCGAGGAGCGCAGCGAAAACAACUCUUCCAACUCGGACAUUGUCCACGUGGAACGCGAGGAGGCCGAGCUGCUGGAGGAAGGCGGCGAAAGCGGUGCGAUUGAGGAAAGCAUGAUGAGUGUUUUGGGUACAGAGAGUGAGCUUGCCCAGCUCAGGGAGGAAAGUAGUAGCCGGAUUCCUGUUGCUCCCGAGACCCUGGAGGAACCUGCCUCCCUGAUUUCACUGGAGGAGCCUGUUGUCAUCGAAACACCUUUAAGUUUGUCAACAGAACCUUCCCUUAUCUCUUUAGAACCGGAGCUUCCUCUUCCAGCCCCAGUAGCUGCUGCUCCACCCCCAAGUGAACCGCAACCUGUGACGCCCUUACCUGUUCCUGUAGUAGAACCAGCAUCUGAACCGGAAAGGGCCGCUGCUCCUGUGCCCGCCGAAGCUGCGCCCUGCUCUCCUGCGAAGUGGGCCCAGACCGCAGAGCCUGAAGCCGCGUCUGAACCACAAUUGGAGCCUGUAACUGUGGCCCCCCAGGACGAAGCAGAGGGCCUGAGCGAGCUCAAUGUACCAUCAGCUGAAACCCCAGUCCCAGUGGCCCCCGUGCUGGCCGUCACAGAGGAGACCCGGAUGCCGGCAGAUCCGGCAUCAGAGCUCCAAUUUCUGCUGUACAGCGGAGCUGCCCUGAUGCUCCUCACUGCUGUGAUGGCGUACGGUGUCAUAAGCUAUAGGAGGAAGUAGAAUAGACGUGUUUUCUUCUCAGGGGAUUAGAUCACACACCAAAAUAUGUUGCGGUAGAAAUGAUUUAGUACACUGAAGAUGCAUUUGUCAUCCGAGGCCACAUUUAAAACCCAUCGUCCAUUUGAGGACAAAGCUUCCAACCCUCAGCAGGUACAAGCACAGAAAAGGGAAAUAAAUGUGUACUCCACUCCCUUGAUGUUCAAACCAAAUAGUCAUGUUUUAUUUUUCUUAUUCAUUUCGUGUGCCAUGUGAUUAUCCUGACAGUGUUGAAAUGUCCACAGCUGUCACUCCUAUGUACUACUUUUAAAUUAGUAAGGAUGCUUCAAGUCGUACUAGUAAGAUUCUUCAGUCAGUGGCUCCAGUUGUCAUUGAGAAAGCUGUAGCGCACAUGAAAAUAUUAGUGUAUAAAUAUAUAUAUAUAUAUUUAAGUACAGUAUAAAUAAAUGGAUGACAGUUAAUUUAGCAGACGCAGUUGCUGUAGUGUAAACGAACUUGCCACAUGAGAAUCCACAUCGAUGUGCUGUUUUCCAAACUGCUGUCAUAUUUUUAUUUGGGAUGAAAUCGGGAUAAGAUAUCCUUUAUUCGUCCCACACUGGGGAAAUUUACAGCCUCCAGCAGCAAGAAUGUAUGUAGAAAGAAGAAAGGAGAAAGAGAAAAAACC